AUGCUUCAAAAUGUGCACAAAAACAGGCUGGUGGCGGUGUAUGAGGAGCAGGACCCCCAUCAUGGCGGUGACGGCACCAGCGCGAGCUCCACAGGCACCCAGAGUCCAGAGCUCUUCAGCACGGGUGAGCUCAACUCCAGCAACCUGUCGGCCUUCCAGCCCUACCAGACCAGCAGUGAGAUCGAGGUCACCCCAUCGACCCUCAGGACCAACAUGCCAUUGCAUGUACGCCGCAGCAGUGAUCCGGCUCUGGUUGGUCUGCCCGAAGCCCAGCUCCAGCCAGAGGAACCAUCUCGGAAGAACCCCACACGCUGGUCCACCACAGCAGGGUUUCUAAAAGCCAAUAACACCAGCGGAACGACCAGCCUAGAGCGAAAGGGUAAGGCUCUGGAAGCGUACCGCAGCCUGCCUCGUAAUGUCCCCUGGGCUAUCCAGUUUCAGAGGGAAAAUGCCCGUUCUUCCCUCAGUGCCAACCAUCCCAUGGUGGACCGAUGGCUUGAGCGUCAAGAACAGGAAGGAGAAGAAGAAGAAGACGAGGAGAGAGCAGGCAACGGGAGGAACGGCAGGAUAGAGCCGGUGGGAAGGGCAGACUCCUGUGUGGAAUCAGCUUCACUCGAUGAAAUGUUGAAGCCGGUUGAGGUGUCCAAUGGCGGUGGGCCGCUAGGAAUCCACGUGGUGUCUUUCAGUGCCAGAGACAGAAGGACGCUGGGCUUGUUAGUGAAGAGGCUGGAGAGGGGCGGGAAGGCGGAGCGGGAUGCUCUGUUCCAGGAGAACGACUGUAUCGUCCGGAUUAAUAACGCAGACCUGCGCAACAUCCGAUUCGAACAGGCCCAGCAUUUGUUCAGACAGGCUAUGCGUUCUCCACUCAUCCUGUUCCAUGUGGUUCCUGCGGUGAAGAAAGCCCAGUACGAGCUGCUGUCUCAGAACGAACUGGGUCUUCAGGCUGCUUCGGGCCCCGGGGACAGGGCCAGUCUGGUGGGAGGAGGUGUCGACUACAGCCCGCGGAGAAUGUCCAAAGCCGAAUCGACCCUGGGCUAUCCCACGUUACCGCACAUAGCAAACACAUCAAACAAGACCCCACCGGGCCCCAACCAGCCCUCCAGACCCACCAGUGCCGCCUCCUCUGUGGGCUACUCUAAAAAGAUCGGCCGCAAGUUCAACGUCCAGUUGAGGAAAGGUCCGGAGGGCUUGGGUUUUAGCAUCACCUCCAGAGACGUCCCGAUUGGCACUUCCGCCCCCAUAUAUGUGAAGAACAUCCUCCCGCGUGGAGCCGCCAUCCAGGACGGCCGUCUGAAAGCUGGAGACCGGCUGCUCGAGGUUAAUGGAGUGGAUCUGAAUGGUAAGACUCAGGAGGAGGUUGUGGCUCUGUUGCGCUCGACUCCCAUGGGAGGCACUGUAGGUCUUCUCAUCGUCAGACAAGAGGACACUUUCCUGCCCCGCGAAGUGAAAGAACAAGAUGACUUAAUUUUGACCCCGGAUGGAACGCGGGAGUUUUUGACGUUUGAGAUCCCUCUCAAUGACUCGGGAUCGGCCGGUUUAGGGGUCAGCGUCAAGGGCAAUAGAUCGAAAGAGAGCCACGCCGACCUGGGCAUUUUCGUCAAGUCUAUAAUCACUGGAGGAGCCGCCUGCAAGGAUGGGCGUCUGAGGGUCAAUGACCAGCUGAUAGCAGUUAAUGGAGAGUCUCUGCUGGAGAAAACCAAUCAGGAAGCGAUGGAGGCCCUCCGCAAAUCCAUGUCCAUCGAAGGCAACAAGAGAGGCAUGAUUCAGCUGAUCGUGGCCCGGCGGGUCGCAGGGAGGGGAGAGGAGGCUCCAGGUAGCCCGCCUGUGCCUCUGAACUCUCCACGAGACGAACAUGAGCGACGGAUCUCUCAGUCGCUGUAUCCCGGAGAGAGCCUGGAUGACAACCACACCCCCCGACCCACCAUGAUGGGUAGAAUGAUGGGACACUUCCAGCUGUCCCCCACUGUGAAUAUGCCCCAGGACGACACAGUCAUCAUUGAAGAUGAUAGGCCACCUGUUCUUCCUGCCCGCUUGUCUGACCAAUCAUCAUCCAGCUCCCACGAUGACAUGGGAUUUGUGACAGAAAUGCCAGGAUCCUGGCCCAAAGAUGUCCAGAUACAGGACGCAAGCACACUCUGUCCAGACGCAGAUAUGGAUGACAUGUUUCAGAGGGAAGGCUUUGGCCGGCAGAGCAUGUCAGAAAAGCGGAGCAAACAGUACAGCGAUGCUGCUCAACUGGAGAUCGUCACGAGUCGCAAGUCGAAGAGUAUGGACCUAGGCAACUCCACGCGAGAUGUGGGACCACCGUCGUUGGGUUUGAAGAAGUCGAGUUCCUUGGAGAGCCUCCAGACGGCUGUUGCCGAGGCGACGCUCAACGGAGACGUCUCGUUCCACAGGCCACGCCCCAGAAUCAUCAGGGGGCGGGGCUGCAACGAGAGCUUCAGGGCGGCCAUUGACAAGUCUUACAACAAGCCUGGUGUGACCGUGGUCAACCCCGAUGAAGAUGACGAGGGCAUGGACACAUUGGAAGAAGAUACAGAGGAGAGUUCCCGAUCAGGCCGCGACUCCAUUUCCACAGCCACGGAUCUCUCCCUCCCACCCUCCAACACAGAGAAACAGCUGAAUGGAGGACACACCAAAGAGGACAAGAAGAAGGAGCGAGGAGGGAAGGACAAGAAAGACAAGAGCAAAGCCAAGAAAGGCGUGCUGAAGGGCCUGGGCGACAUGUUCAGGUAGGGUGAAUGGCCUUAUGUGCUCAAAUCACUUGAUUCAGCUAGAGUUAACAUAAUGUAUUGAGUAUUUGGGAGUCCCUGGUAGGAUACUAAUAGGAAGACCUUGCCUUGAUAUUUUAUUUUAUUUUAUUUUAUUUU